AUGAUGAAAAUUGGAAAUAAUUCAUUCAGUGGUCAAUGCUGUCCUCUCCCUAUUCUUCUUUUAUCAUAUAUGUGGGACCCAUAUGGCCUAAUUUUCUGGGGACAGUCCUGGUUAGAUCUUUUUCUUUUUAAUAAAGACAGUGCUCGAAUUUUAGCUCCAGAUGGACUGCAGGGACAAACCAGCAAUACCGAGAGGACCCACAGACCCUCUGAAGGAAGUGACUGCUCCUACAGUACCCAGGAGACACCCCAAAUACUGGACAUGGAUGAAGCUGGAAACCAUCAUUCUCAGCAGACUAACACAGGAACAGAAAACCAAACACCGCAUGUUCUCACUCAUAGGUGGGAGUUGAACAAUGAGAACACAACAGUGAGAGAUACUGUGACAGAAAACGAUAAAGAAACUGAAGAUGGCACACUGAACACCACCACAGGACUAUUAAGAUUCGUUUUCUUUCAACUCCACUCCCAUCCUUCGUUUCUAUGGCAGUUAUCAUUACAUUCUGGCGGUAAUGUGGUGGCAUUACUAUGCUUUUGUAGAAAGACUUUCAGAAAAUGGAAAACCAUACAUCCUGUACAUCCAGGGCUUAAAGCAGACAGGACAGACUUUUUUUUGGCACUGGAGUAUGGAAACCACUGCCUGGGAUUAAAGCAUCAGUGAAGAUGCUGCUUUGGAGGGAUUCAGGUUUUAGAGAAGAAAGGAGGUCAUGAGAGCUCAUUACUGGAUCACUGAACUG